UAGGAUUAAAUCCCGAAACCUAUGGCCUUGAACAGGUGGAGAAAGUGGGCUUGUUUAUGCAAUUGAAACUAGAAUCUCACGGAGGAGUGGUUGGAUCUGAUUCCGGGCUGUUAGCUAAUGUAGAUGAUAGAGUAAAAUCAAUUAUAACCAAAAAUCUUCUCGGUCUCGCCAGCGAUCCAACUAAAACGAUCGAAGAAUACGGAACUGAACAUUCUUUUCGCACCUAUAAAGAGGGGCGAAUUUGA